AUAAUGUUAUUCGAAUACCCUCAACAACCUACCUUUAUUUAAAAAUAUGAACUCAUUAAGCAAUUUUUCAUAUAGCUUCAAUAGGUGAAAUAAUGUGAAUCAGCAGCCAUACCAUCUUAAAAAAUAGAUAGAUAAUAGGAAAUGGAUAAAUAAAAUUCAAAAGCAUAAAUUACUGAGGAAUCUAUUAAAUACGAUGAUUCUACUACUUCGAGACAGAUACCUAAAUAAAGAAGAGCUGUUUAUAUAACAAAGAAAUAAGAGUAAAGAAAGUCUAAAGAGAUUGGUACACUUCCAAUAAGGCCUUCUGACAUUAUGAUGAUUGAAUAGUAGAAAGAGAAAAUUGAUUAAUUUUGUUAAGAUAAUAAGAUUUUAUAUGAAAAUAAUAAGGAAUGUAUGCAUUUAAUAAAGAAGAUGGCAAAAAUGAUUAAGAAACUGAAAUAAUAAACAUGUCAAGAUCACUUAAAUAGUAUUGAACAUUUAUAAUUGAAAUUAAGAAUUAAGGAUGCUGAAAUUGCAAAGAAAAAUGAAUGUAUAUAAUAGAUAAGAGAAAAAUAUAAUUAAAUGAUUAAGAUUAUAGAGGAACAUACAAUAUAGGAGGAACAAUAAUGGUAAGAAAUAUAGGCAUAAUAAAUUGAAUUGGAAACAUAAAAUUAAUUUUUGCGAAAAUUACUAUCAGUAAAUUUUAGUGAUGAAUAAAUAAAAUAAUUAGAAUCUUAAUAAAAUGAGGUGGAAUUAUAAUUUUUUGAUAAUUUUUGUAUUUCAAGAAAGGAUUUAGAUAAGUAAGCGAUUUAGGAAUAUGAGAAGAUGCUAUAGAAUAGGAAAUCAUAAAUAGAGUAGCAAUAUGUUGAUUGGAAUAUGGCAUAAAUAAACUCACAUUAUUAGAAUUAAUAACCGAUGCAUUAACCAUUAUAGGAUUUAUAUGCAGAGGAGAAAGAAAUGAUGAUGAAGAAGCAAUCAAAUUAGUAAAUAAGUAAAGAAGAUAAAUAGAGAAUAAUGGAAGAUUUAUUAAAACCAAUAGGAUCAUAAAAGUAAUAGUAGAUAAAUGUUUAAGAAGUGAAAUAAAAGUAAUUAGACAUUCUUUCUGGUUCUUCAUCAUCAUUAUCGAAUAGUUCAAUAUAAAAAAAGGCAUAAUAAGAUUAAUUAUUAUAAUAAUAGCCAAAGAAAUUAGCAAUAGAUAUAGAUACAAAGGAGAGUAUUCCUAGUGGGGUAGUAAAAGAGAGUUAAGGAGAGAAUAAGUUAUCUUCUAAAGAGAAGUUGUUGAGUUCUUUAAAUUAAGGUUGGGAGAAAUUGAUACAGAAAACAUCUCAUUAACAAAGAUAUUAGGAUAGUGAAGAAGAUAGUGAUUAAGUAAUAACAUACAAUCCAAUAAAUCACAUGUAAAAUAUAGAUUAAAUAAAUCAAUAAAUAGGUUUACAAAUCCUGAGACAAUUAUGUAUGAAGGAGGAGAUGAUUAUAUGGAAGAUGAUGAUGAAGAUGAUGUUGUUUAUUAAAACAUCUUUAAUGAACAGAGUAAAUAAUUAUAGAAACCUACUCUUACUAAAACUUAAAAGAAUUAAGAACUAUAAUAUUAGUGA